AUGGAACCUAUAACCCCUGUAUCAUCAUCAUCCCAUUCACCAAAUGGAGCAUCACCAAACUAUAAGGAUGAUAUAGGUAUAUAUGAUGAUAAUGUAUAUCUAAAUCAAUAUUUUUCAAACAACAUGGUAAAUGGGUUUUCAAUUGAAUUAAUUCCUAAAGGCAGUACAAGAAAUUACUUUUCAAAUGCAUAUCCACCAAAAAUAGGGCACUUGGUUAGCGAAGAAACCUACCAAAAACUUAUAAAAAAAUUAAAUAAAGCAUAUUUCCCUCUAUAUUUAUAUAUAACUACCACUAUUUUAAUUAUUGUUUCAAUAGGAUCCAUUUACCCAUUUAUAUUAUAUCACGACUACUCUUUGGAUUUAACAUGCACACUAUUGGUAAUUUUAAAUGUAGUUACAUUGUAUAUGAUAUACAGAACUUUUUAUCCAUCAAUGAUUAAAAAUAUUAUUAAAAAAAAUAUUUUAGAAAGAUUGGACAAAUUUAAUAAAAAAAAUGAAUUAAUAACAUUAUCAUUAGAAGUUAAAGAAGGAGAGCAAUAUGGUAAAACUAAAGAUAAUAUUACUGUUAAAAUUACAGUUCAUCCUCAAAAAUCAAUGAUUCAGUAUGUAACACCUAAAACUCCUCAACAGCCUCCAACAACUCCAAUGGAGAUAGUAUCUAUUCCAAUUGCUCCACCUCCUCCACCACCAUUUAUACUAAACCCAUUACCAACUUCUCCAUUAUCACUACCUGAAACUCCUCAAACACAUGGACAAGCCCCACCCUUAGUAUAUCAUCAUGUCAAUGCUCCAAUAGUACCAAUACACGCAAUAGAGAUAUCUGAACCAAUUUCAUCACAAGUUUAA